GUGUGUGGCGAGGUGGAGCUGCUAGAGUUGCUGAUCGAGGCGGGCGCGAACCCCAGCACUCCCGACAUCCACGGCGCGUAUCCCCUCCACUAUGCGGCGCAGAUGUGUGGCCCCAACAGCGAGAUGGGCAACGACAUCCGCGUCGGCCUUCAUGGUGCUCCGGAAGCUGCUGCAGAGCGGCGUCGACGUGUCCGUGACCGACCAGGACGGGCGGCAGCCUCUCCUGUGGGCGGCCAGUGCGGGGAGCGCCGAUGCUAUCCUCGCGCUGGUCAACGCAGGCGCCAGCGUUAGCGCCGAGGACAAGGAUGGGCUAACAGCGCUGCACUGCGCGGCGUCACGGGGUCACCUGGACUGCUUGGACUGCCUGGUGACCCUCUGCGGGGCCGAAGUGGACACCUUGGACAGUAACGGGUGCACGCCGCUGUUCUAUGCCGUCACGCUGGGGCACGCUGACUGUACCCAGCUGCUCCUUCACCACGGCGCGCACACCGACCGUCAGGAUCGCAAAGGGCGCACGCCAGCGCACUGUGGAGCGGCAAAGGGCCAGCUUGAGACCCUGAAACUGCUGCACCAGAAGGGUGCUGACCUGUGGAGGCGCAACGUUAAAGGCGACCUCCCGCUCCACGAGGCGUGCCAGUCCGGCAGGAAGGAUCUCGUCGUAUGGCUGUUAUCCAUGCGGCCUGACACAGUCAACGCUCCAAACCUCGACGGCCGGUGUCCACUCCACAUAGCUGCUAUUAAUAACAAUAUAGAAAUGUGCAAGAUCCUUAUGGAUCAACAGGCGGCGGUAAAUCCCAUCAUGCGAAACUCCAGGGGGCAGCUGCUCACCCCCCUGGACGCCGCCGUGGCCCGCAGUAAUCGCGGCUGUGCGAAGUACUUGCAGCUGCACGGAGGCGUUCCAGCCUCAAAGCUAACCGACAAACACGCACUUCAAAAAGCCAUGCAGAGAGCCCUGGAGGCGAGUCAGCAUGGCAGCACGGGAGCCACGCCCAGCGACCUCACGGGCGACGAGCUCAUGAGUUCCUCCGCCUCCUCAGCGCUCAAGUCCAACCGCUCCACGAUGACGGCGUCGCCCGUGAACACCGAGGCGCAGACGGACACGGGCGACCUGAAGCGCGGGGGGGCGGGGGACGCGGAGACCAGGAAGCCCCAGAGCAGAGACGCGCAGACCGGCACAUCAGAGGUCAACAUCCGGAAACUGGUGUUGGAGGAGGAAGCAGAACUCGCCCGGCAGAGAGCCCAGGAACAGAAACUGAAAGAGGAGGCAGAAGAAGUUGAUGAAAAUAUCAACGAGGAAACUUACGCGAAAAGAGGGGAAGAAAAGGGGGACGAAGUAGACGACGAAGAGGCGGAUGAGAAUGGAAAUGCGAGUGAAGAAGGAGAGGAAGAGGGAGAGGGAGAGAGAAAGGGAGAGGGAGAGGGAGACGGGGAGGGAGAGGAGGAGGGAGAUGUCGAAGAAGAAGACGACAAAGAAGGGGAUUCUCAGAGUGCAAAUGUCGCCGCUGACGGAAAUGCCAAAAAACAGAAAUCCGGAAAAUCAAGAAAAGGGUCUACAAAGAUCGAGCGAAAAGGCGAUGGUUCGGGAUCCUCCGCCAAGCGGAAGGGGUCGAUUAAGGAAAAGGAGAACGGCUCUCAGGAGAAGGAACCUGAGGACGAAGCGACGGGGGAGGACGUGUCGGGAGAUGAAGCAAGCUGCAAAGGAACGACGGCAGCGACGGGAGCAGGCGAGAAAGGCCGAAAGAAGGGGUCCGGGACGAAGGGCAAAUCGAAAGGAAGUAGAGACGAGAAAAGCUUACCGUCCAAUAACAGCUCGCAAGAGGCCAGGAGUAGGCGCGGUUCGGCGACCAAAGACAACUCAGAGGGGAGCAGAAGCAGGAAAGACUCGGCGACAAAUAGCGAUUCUCAAGACAGCAGAAGUAAAAAGGACUCAGAAACUAAAGACGUUUCAGACGAAAAUGAAAGUCAAAAAGCCUCACUAUCCAAGACUAGUCAAAAAGCCUCACUGUCCAAGACUAACUCGAAGGGAAGUAAAAGUUCCAAAGCCUCGGCAUCCAAGGCUAAUUCGCAAGAUGUCAAAAGUAGGAAAGGUUCGUCGGCCAAUGAUGUGUCGGGGUCACAAGCAAGCAAAAGCAGGAAGGGAUCAACCAAAUCAGGCGAGUCACAAGAGAGGAGCAGCAAGAAGGGAUCGGCUAAAGCUUCCCAAGAACAUUCCGAAAGCGAGAGAGACUCAGAACUGAGGACAGACCGAGGGAGCAAGGGGCCGUCGAGGAACCGGUCGCGUGGCAGCUCCCACGGAGAAGAGGGGGCUGCGAGCGGCGCAGAGACCGGCGAACGAACCUCAGAGUCUCUGGAGGCUUCUGGACAUGGUAGCGAAGGCUUGGACGAGGACUUGGGCGUCCGCGGCGGCGGAAGCACCGUCAACCAGACUGACGAUAAAAAGGAACAGGAGAUGAAGAAAAGAAAAAUGAAAUUGAAAACGAAGUCGCUGCACAAGAGUUCCAAUAGAGCGGAGGAACUUAGCGGGGACGAGGUAAGAAGUUCAAGGACGAGUUCAAGGAGAAUAUCAGAAGGAGACGAGGAAGAAAGCGAAGUAAACGAUGGCAGCGGCGUGGAGGACAGCGAGGACGCCGAGGAGCCGGAUACCGAGGCAGGGAGCGGCUCUGAAGAAGAGGACGAUGUCUCCAGCAGAAGUAAAAACAUGUCAGAGGCUGAAGAGGGCAGUGCGACGAGGAGUAAGAAUGCGUCAAAGAGCGGUGGCUCCAGAAGUCAGAGUGUUUCGGAGGGGAGAGCUUCGAGGAAAAGUAAGACUUCCACCGACGAGGAUGGCCGUCAUUCAAGAAGUAAAAGUGUCUCGGAGAACAACACGGGAUUUGAGGGUGACGAGGAGGCCGAGGAGGAGGACGAUGAGGACGAUACGAAUGACACGUCGCAGGGGAAGGGAAGGCCCCUGACAAAAGCUUCACGCAGUAACAAAUCGAAUGCUAAGGGCCCGCAAAACAAGAAGAGAACAACAUCAAAGAAUAAGAACCAAUCUAAGAAUAAGUUAAGCGCGAGUAGCCAAGGCCGCUCGAAGGCGAAGCAAAGUUCCUCUGAUAAAACAGUUAGCGGAGAGGAAGAAAAUAGUUUAGGAGCGAAAUCUUUCCAACAAAACAAGGGAAGCAACUCUAGAGUUAACAAAAAACAGCGUUUGGUUAGAGGCAAGAAAAUGGUAGAAGUUGGUGAAUCUGAACAUGAAAGAAAUGAAGAACAAGCAGCUAGUGGAGUGGAUGAUGAAAGAGAAUCGGAUGUUGAGGGCGAAGAGGAGGACUUUGAAGAUGAACAAGGAAAGAGCAGCAGAAAUUAUUCAGAUAAUGAAGAGAGAGAAUCAGCCACUCAUAGUGAAAAUGAAGAUGACGAGGAAGAAGAAGAAGAGGAAGAGGAAGAGGAGGAUGAGGAUGAGGAUGAAGAUGAAGAUGAGGAUGUCGAAGGGGUAAGUGAUGAUGGAAAUGUGUCGAGUGGAAAUGGUGAAAAUGUGUCGAGUGGAAAUGGAAAUGUGUCGAGUCAAGAACAAGAUGGAGUGAACGAAGGCGAAGGCCCCAAGAGACACACAAGUGCAUCGGCGCUGCGUGCUCGUCCCAAAUCAGCCGUCCGACCUGGAACUCUCAAAGCAACGAGCGGGAAGAGGAGAACGAAGGGUGCAACUGGUAAACCGGCUGCAAAGGACAAGUCGAAGGCGUCGGCGAAGGAUGACGCACGGGCGACGACCAGCGUCGGGCGGAAGGGUGGCGAACCUAAGAGCGGCAGCAAGAGUCGCCAGGGCCUUGCGGAGGAACUCUCCCACUUGGCCGAGCACUUCGAUGCACAAGAAGAGGACGAAGAGGGGCGCUCCCCGAUGACUCCGUCAGACGUGCGCACUCACGAGCUGAUGCUGGAGUCAAGCGGGCGAGACUACUUGACGGUGGAGGCCGCGCCGCCCCCAAGGCUCUCCUCCUCCCCGAGCUCUACACAUGGCAGGGACACCGGCGACUCAGGCUUCAAGGAGUCCGGCUACAGUGACUCACUCAUGCCGGAGCGCGACUCUGACGAAGACGGACCGACGGACCCCGAGCGCAACACCGACGACGAAGACGGCGCGCCCCACGCCUCCAAGAAGACGAAAACGAAAACCAGGCGGAAGAGGGCGCAGAAGCAGAGGGAGGACCGUCAGGGCGCCAUGGUCAUAGCGGAGGACGUAGAAGGGGGCGGCAGCGGCAGCGGUGGCGGCGGCAGUGGCGGCGGCGGUGGCGGCGCCGGCGACGGCAACGGCGGCGACGGGAGCGAUUUUGGCAGCGGCGGCGGCGGCGGCGGCAGCGGCGGCGGCGGCGGAGGCAGCGGCGACGGAAUCGGCGGUGGUGUUGGCGUGGUCGGCGGCAGAAGAAACGACGAAUUGGAUGGCGACAGUAGUGUAGACGGCAGAGCGAGGAGGAGGAGAGGUCGGGCCAGUGGCGACGCAGGCUCCGACGAGGACUUCCCAGACGAUGGGGUCUGGGCAGGAUCCGGCGCUGAGGACGACGAAGAGGGCGACGAAGAUGCCCUCAGGAAGCUCGGAGUGUCGGGUCACAGACGACCUGGUGUCAGAAGAGGUCAGGUCAAGUCUGGUGCAAUGAGUGGAGGACCCAAGAAGGUGGAAAACAUGGAAUCCAAUUUACGACGUCGAAACAAGAAAGGAAUAUCUCCCCCAACCGAAAUGUCCAUCACGCAAGCCAUGCAAGCGACAAUGCGCAAAUACGCCCUAGAGAGACGGUUGUUCCAGCAACUCCUGGAACUGAAGAGAGUCCAGAUCAAGAACACGCGAGCCAACGAGCAGGUGCUAAUCAAGAGGAUGGUGGACGCGUACAUGAAGGAGGGCGUCCAGCUGGGGAUCAGAGGCUACAACGGCCCCUAUAACUUCCAGAGUUACGAGAAAUAUCUCUACGACCAGCUCCGGUACCUCCAGAGUUCCCAGAGCAAUAAGAUUCCGGCCUUCAAGCCCUCCGACGACGUGGAGCGCCUCAGUCGAGCUCUUCGGCGCCAGGAGAUCCUGGAGCUUCCUGACCCUCUCAUGACCCCACGUGAUCCUCACACUUGCAACCACACCACGCAUCGCUGUCACCACGCAGCACACGCUUACACGGGCGUGCCCUGCGCUGCAUAUUUGGGCCAUCGAGGGAAGAAGAAGAACCAGCUCUCUCUCCCGAAGAUCGCCGGCAGCACCAACGCCAACGGGAGCAGCUCCUCCCUGGGGGCAUCUCCAGGACCUGCCUCGGGCGGGAGCCUGGGGCGCAAUCGCCCGGGGGAACCCAUUGGCCUGCGGAACUAUGACCCCAAGAGACCUCUCACUGUUGAACUGCAGCACGGUAACACGAGGCAGCAGAUCACUCUCCCAACAGAGAUCCUCGACAAGAAUAAGAAGUACCAUCUAACCUUCACCAUUAAGCCGUCCGCGCCAGGCCAGGAGGGGCUGUCUCCAUCGAAGGACGAGUCGGCGUCUCCCAAGCGCUCAGCCUCGGCGCCGGAGGGCAUUGUGCCGGACGAGGCGGUGCAAGCAGAGCCACGGCCAGAACUCCGCUCAGCACCGGCAGAGGGCAGGACCGAGGCCAGUGUCAAUGAUUAAGUUUCUGGAACUUUAAGAAGAAGAAGAAGAAAAAAAAAAAACAUAAAUGGAUGAGCCAGUUAGCAUGUAGACGUUCGUUUGGGGUCUACUGUGGGAUGGCUUGUAUGUUUGAGAUAUGGCAGUCCAAACUCACAUUCCUCGGCUUAGUGUAGGAUAAUGAUGAGAUAUUCUUGGGCUGUUUAGCAUCACGUGGUAUCUUGCCAGAGGUAGGCUCCUUACUUGUGUGUGUCCACCGCAGAACACUACCAAGUACCUGAGCCACUGUGAUAGACUCCGUGGGGAACAGUUGUAUAUUUUUCAAAGCAGACGUACAUGGGCAUUUGAUUCUGGAAGAUGUACAUGAUAUUACACCGAGAGAUGGGAACAACUAUUAAUCUAUCAUAUUUUUCUCCAGAUUUAACUGUUUACAAUGUGAUAUCCAUGCUGUACAGUAUUUCCAUGUAAACAUUGAUGUCAUGAACUUCAUUCAAUAUUAGUAUUCGGUGUAAUUUUACCACGUUUUUAGUUAAUCAGAUAUGCGAGUCAUAUAUUGUAGAUAAUCAAAUUAUAUCAACUUAAUCAGGUGAACAUUAAUAUGCUGCUAAUUUGGUUGGAGAACCCUUCCGAUUUCUUUUCACUCAGAGAAACAUGAAAUUGAAACUCUCUUUCUGGGUUGUCUUUGAGUAUUUUCUGUUUUACGCGAGUUUUGCACUAAAUUCAAAUUACUAGAAACACGCACAUCAACCAUGUCCUUGUACGUCAAUGUCGAUGUUUAUAUGAACGCCUCAUGUGCUAUUAUGUAAACAUAUCUAUAUAAAAACACUACUUA